AUGUCAAUGCUCAACAAACUCAAAGAGACUCAAAAGAACCCGGUGUUCAUGGACGAUGACGACGAUAUCGAUAAUAUGGACUUCCCAUUGCCAUCCGCUGGUUCAUCUUCAUCGGCUGGCGGCAUGCCUGAUAUGAACGAGAUCCAAAAGCUCAUGAAGAAUCUCUCUGCUGGUACUUCUGCUGGCUCCCCUUCUAUCGGUUCAGUCGCUGGUGGUAGUGGAAGUGGAUCCAAGAAUCAUAUUGCUGUAGCCAACACGCCACAAGGUGUACGUCGAUUGGAGCCUUCACAGUACAAAGACUGGGUGUGUGUGUAUCCAACCUACAUUGAUGUGGACAAGAGUGUGGCGGAUGGACGCAAGAUUGCAAAGAGCAAGGCUGUAAAGGAUCCUCAUGCAUAUCAUAUGGCAGUAGCUGUUCAAAUGCUUGGCUUGUCAGUUGUCUAUGAAACAAAGCGCCAUCCUCGUGAUUGGGCCAAUCCAGGUCGUGUCAAGGUCAAGCUCUUUGAUGACAAUCAUCGUCCCAUGAUUUCCAACAUUCGUAAUCGCAAAGAAUUAUUCGCUGCCAUUGCAGAACGUGUACCAGCAUUGCAAAAGUCGCAUGAAAAACCCAAGAAUGUUGUCACGCCCAUCACAUCUUUGGCCGAGGUGGAAGCUAUUGUGGAUGAACAACGAAAGGCUCAAGGUUUACCAACACUCGCUGAAAUGCAAGCACAGAAUCCCAUGCCCAAUAUGCCUACCAAGCCCAAGAAACAAAAGGUUAAAUAUGUUCGUGGAUAA